CGCAGCUCAGAUAUCACAGCUUCAUCAGCUCGAAUUGAGAUCAACACAUUCCCAAUAAUCUAGACCCUACUUCGCCGGGAAGCAAUUGACCUGGUACAGCUCCAACGAUGUUCGCGCCACGCUUCCGGAGCGCGUUCCGACCAGCUUCGAAACAAGCUUCACAAUGUUUACGUCAACAACGAAAGCCAUUGCCACGCAACUCAAUAUCGCAUCAGAUGAGACAGCAAAGACACCAAUCGACCGCGACCUUUAGCCAAGCUUCCAAAGUUCUAUUCAAAGCCUACCCUUUCUCCGUCGCGGCAGCAACUUUCUUUAUCCUCGCGGGUGCGGGCUUCCUCGCAUACACCAAUUACUUAUACUACACCUACUUCCGCGGAGCCUUCCACAAGUUCCCCGAACCGGUAGCUAAACAAUUACGAAAAGCGCUGUAUUACACGAACCAAGCACUUGAUGCGAAACUCGCAGUGAAAUAUUACAAAGAAGCGCUAAGGGUCGCGGAUGAGAUUGGCAUGGAUCCUUUCUCAGACGAGAUUAUCGGGGUCAAGAUCCAACUUGCGGCGUUGAUGGAGAAGGUGCAGCAGUUUCGGCGGGCGAUUGAAAUUCUGGAGAUUGUGAGGAGGGAUAAUUUGCGGUGGGUGGAGGAGCUGGGAAGUAAACCUGGGAAUGAGGGGAAGAGGACAAGGGUUUUGGGGAAGACGGUGGGGGUUAGUGUUAAGCUGGGCGAGCUGUAUGCGAAUCAGUAUGUCGAUGAUAAAGAGGCUGCGGAGAAGAGGUUGGUUUGGGCUGUGGAGACGGUAUUGAAAGAGCAGAAGAGGAGGCAAGAAGAGGGCGUAAAGCCGGAGGAGGGGGAGUGGAUGGAUCCAGACCAGAUUGGAGGCACUUUGGAGGCGUUGGGACACAUGUAUGAGGAGAAGAACCAGCAUUACCUUGCUGCGCCAUUGUUUCUUCAGGCUCUAACCUUGUCGCCACCUACGAGUUGCCAUACGGCGGUGUUAAUGAAUAACCUCUCUAUUUCCCUCGCCCAACAAGCCCCACCCCCAACACCAGGGCAGCCACCCGUCUCUCGACCAGCACUCGUUAGCAAUGCCCGCGCCUGGGCUGAAAGGGCCGUCGCUUUAGCAGCUAAAUGCACACCUCCAGAACGAACAGAAGAAUGUGAUAUGGCUUGCGCGGUAGCUACACAUAAUCUUGGAGAGUUUGCAGAGAUGGAUGGCAACAUCGCGGAAGCGAGGAAGAAGUUUGAGGAGGCAAAGAGUCUUGCGAAAGCUAUUGGGUUUCAAGAGGGGGUAAUAAACGCGGAGGACUCGUUACGGAGAGUGGGAAAGACAUAGACGAAUUGAUGUUUGAGCAAGAACAUGCUUCAAGAGACUCUUUUGGUGCGUGGUAGAUACUGAUCUUCGCCCGUUCU